AUGCCGCACCCCACGCCGGGCCACGCCGUAUCCGACGGGUUGCCAUCGCCUUCCUCCCCCGGCGCUUCGUCAGGCACCCCCGCAGCCGCUGCGGCAAAGCUGGAUCCUCUCGCAGCCGUCCGGAACCAGGACGUCGAGCGCCGCCCCUCCAUUCAAUUUCUUGCGAAUCAAGGACUGCCCAAACGAAGUGGUAGCCCGAAGAUCAGACAGCGCCGUCUAUCCUCUCCUCCGCCUCCACCUGUUUUCCAGCCUCGCGUAUCCUUUGACACGUUUGACAAACCUGCCGAUUUCAUCGAGGAGAAUUCCUUCACCUUGAUCAGGAAACACAAGGACUACGAGUAUACAAAACGGUCGCGAACCUUUCUCUGCGGGCUGGACUCCAACGACUACUCCGAAUAUGCGCUUGAAUGGCUCAUUGACGAGCUGGUCGAUGAUGGAGACGAGAUUGUGUGUUUGCAGGUCGUUGAGAAGGGCGACAAGGUUGCCGGAGAGAGCAGUAUCGACCACGGACGAUACCGGGAAGAGGCGGAAAAGUUGAUGGACAGAAUCCAGUUGAAGAACACGGAAAACAAGGCCAUCAACCUUAUCCUAGAGUUCUCCGUCGGCACGGUCCACAAGGUCAUUGAUGAGAUGAUCAACCUGCACGAACCGGCAAUCCUCAUUGUUGGUACACGUGGCCGAAGUCUCGGUGGAUUCCAAGGACUACUCCCAGGAUCCGUCUCCAAGUACUGUCUCCAACAUUCUCCCGUGCCUGUUAUUGUUGUUAGACCCACCAGCAAAAGGGCCAAGACCAAGCGAAAGCGUCUGCAAGAUCCGACGAGAACUGGCUAUCGAGACCUGCUCGACAAGAGUGGACAAGCCGGCGGGCACCUACUUGACACUAGCCACAAACACAGCCUCAUGCUUGAUGAGCUCCAGCAGGCGGCGACGGACGAGGAGGCUGCAGCUGUUGCAAAGGCAGUGGGAUACCAUCCGCCACCGGAGCCCAGCCCUCUCGGACAGGACAGUGGAGAAAUACCACCUCAGACACCUGACAGUACUAAUGAUAACGACCCCCUGAUGAGCGGCGAAAAUUCUCCGGUCGACACCCGCGAUGAAGUGGGCGCCUUGAUGAAGAGCCCAGAGCUUCAGUACCUCGAUACCCCGGCUGUCAGCAGCGAUGAAGACAGUGACGACGACGACGAUGAUGGCGGAGUGCAGAUGUUCCCUCCGGCACCUCAGGAAUCGGAGGCGCAGGACUCUCCGAGCUUAUCCACAAACACGACUCCGGUAGAUGAAAACAAAGGCAUCGCGCUACACGCAAACGACUCGCGUCAAGACGUGAGUCCUGGAACGGUGACGCCUGCUGUGGAGAACCCACCACUGGCAGAUCAAGGACAGCCUGCAGAGCCGACGGAGCCAGUUGCUUCCGAAGAGCCGAAGGAAAAGAGCCAAUGA